UUUCUUGUGAACUUGAUCGCCCCCGUCCCCCGUGUUGGAACCCGUUUUUCUCGUCAGCACGUUCGUUACCCACAGACUACAGAGGCUAAUUAAAUUCGUUUUUGCAAAGUCCAGUGAAUUUUUCAUUACUAUCGACGCAUUAAAGCGAAUAAUUAAUUGGUCCGACUGAAAAAAUGAAUCAGCUCUUUAGGAACGCGAUCAAAGCCAUACCCUUUUGCCUUCAAAACUCCAAUGUGAUGUUUCAGCAAGUUCGAUCGCGUUGGGCUGACAAUCGAAUGAUCCGCGACUUCAAGAGGAGGCAGUGUGUUGUACAAUAUGCGGAUGAAAGACUUAGGCUCCGUACACUGCUCAAGAAUAAAAUUUUGCCAGAGGCUAUCAGGGAGGAUGCCAGAGCGAAAAUAAUGGAGCUUCCCAGGAAUUCCCACUAUCUCAGGACAACAUAUAGAUGCGCUUUGACCUCCAGAGGAAGAGGAAAUGUCUGGCCCUUCAGACUGAGCAGAAUUGUUUGGAGAGAUAUUGCUGAUCAUAACCGAAUUUCAGGUGUGCAACGUGCAAUGUGGUAGAAAACUGCAGCAGCUUUAUUUGUCACUUGUUGUAGAAUUAAAUAAUU